CGAACCGGUAACAUCAUACGCGCUCACGCGUGUAUAGGAAACGCUACCGACAAGCUGCUGUCAGCCGUGAUCCACCAACAUGAAGUUUCAUCAAAUAGUUGCCGUGCAGAUUUUGAUUGGUAUCCUAAUUUGCUGUUCAAUAGCUGCACCGAAUCGUGAAUAUAAAGAAGAUACAACAUUAAAAAAGAAAAAUUCAGCUGCUGCAAUAUUUACUGAUUUAAAUCAAAAAAAUGCACCAGAUAAAAUAGAAACGAAUCUUGAUUUUCCUCGGUUAUCAUUUAAUAUUUUCUCAGAUUUUGUUAAUGACCAUGUUCCUUAUACAACUGAUGAUAAAGUAAAAAGAGCUGUUGUAAAUAAUCUUGGUUACGGCUCUCAAAGUAACAACUUUUUUCCUCAUAAAAAAUAUUAUUUUUUACCUCCUGCGAAGAUCAGUACUUCCACGCACUUUUCACCAACAAUAACUAAGCUUGCAUCUUUAUCAGACCAUUAUCAAAUAAAUGAUGUUGACGAAUUACUCAAAGAGGUGGAUAAGUUAUAUGAUGUUUCUCAAAAAUCAGGAUAUUUCUCAUCAAAUGUAUCUUCACAAAACUACACACAAAUUAAAUUUCAAUCUAUUGAAACUCCCAAAUCUAACACAGAGACACUGAGUACUUAUAAGAGCCCAAUAAGUAGUCAAUACUUCUUUUCUAUACAUCCGAUUGCAACAAAUUUCAACCUAAAAUCAACAGAGUUUUAUGAAAAGGAUCAUAAUGAAAACAAUCAACAAUAUUAUGCAAGGACUAAGAAUGUUGGUUCUAGUUUAAAAAAUCAAAGGGACUUGAAUAUUGAAAAGUAUCCAAACACUAAAUUUGAAAAUGAAAUUAGGUCAAUUCAAAAGAUGAUACAGAAGUAUAACGACGAAAAGUCAACGAGUAUCCAACCAAUAUCUUAUGUCCAUUCUUAUGCUGAAUUUGUUGAAUUUCCAAAAGUUAAACCAUCUUUAAAUAAUAUUCCUACAAAACAACAUAAUAAGCAAACAACUUUUUCCGAAGAAGAUUUCUAUAGCACACAAGAAAAAUUAUUAUCAGUAAAGCCAGUUCAGUUCCCAAUAGCUGAAGAUAAUGAUUUUAAUAAAAAUGCGCGAGUCCAACUAGAUAUAGUUUCCCCAAAAAUAUUGAUAAAUUCCAGUAGAAAUAAAAUAAUCGCAUCAGAUCUAAUUAGAGAUUCAAAAGAAAAAAAAAUUAAUGACAGCAAUUUGAUUAAUAUAGUGCGAUCUUUUUUGAAUCAUCGUUAUAAUACUGAUCAGUGGCUUAAUUUAAAAUCGUCUGCAACUCAAUCUGUUCUUGACUAUAUAGGUAGCAAAUCAUUCACACAAAAAGAAAAAACAUCAUCUAAAUUAACUCCAGAGUUGAAUUAUCAAAUUUCUGAGGCUGACAAUAAUCCCCACACAUUACUAAUCUAUAAUAAGAAUCCCUCAUUAAUUCCUGAAAUUGAACCUAUGUAUGAAAGAAUUACCAAUGAAAAUGUAAACAUGCAACGAUAAAUUAGAUAUU